AUGACUCUGUCAGAUGGAAAUCACAGUGGGGCUGUGUUCACCCUCUUGGGCUUCUCAGAUUAUCCAGAAUUGACAAUCCCUCUCUUUUUGAUAUUUCUCACCAUCUACAGCAUCACUGUGGUAGGAAAUAUUGGCAUGAUUGUUAUAAUCAGAAUUAAUCCCAAACUGCACAUCCCCAUGUACUUCUUCCUCAGCCAUCUCUCCUUUGUGGACUUUUGUUAUUCCUCCAUUGUUGCUCCCAAGAUGCUGGUAAAUCUAGUUAUAAUGAACAGAGGCAUAUCAUUUGCAGGAUGCUUAGUGCAAUUCUUUUUUUUCUGUACUUUUGUGGUAACUGAAUCUUUUCUAUUAGGAGUGAUGGCUUAUGACAGGUUUGUGGCCAUCCGCAACCCUCUCCUCUACACAGUAGCCAUGUCCCAGAGGCUCUGUGCCAUGCUGGUAUUGGGAUCCUAUGCUUGGGGGGUGGUAUGCUCCUUGAUACUGACGUGCUCUGCCUUGAAUCUCUCUUUUUAUGGUUUCAACAUGAUCAACCACUUUUUCUGUGAGUUCUCCUCUCUCCUUUCACUUUCACGCUCUGACACAUCUGUCAGUCAACUGCUGCUUUUCGUUUUUGCCACGUUUAAUGAGAUUAGCACACUCCUUAUCAUUCUCUUGUCUUAUGUGCUCAUUGUUGUUACUAUUCUGAAGAUGAAGUCAGCUAGUGGACGCCGCAAAGCCUUCUCCACUUGUGCUUCCCAUCUGACAGCUAUAACCAUCUUCCAUGGUACAAUCCUAUUCCUAUACUGUGUACCUAACUCCAAGAACUCCAGGCAUACCGUAAAAGUGGCCUCUGUGUUUUACACAGUGGUGAUCCCCAUGCUGAAUCCCCUAAUAUACAGUCUGAGAAAUAAGGAUGUCAAGGACACAGUAAAAAAAAUAAUAGGUACUAAAGUCAUUUCUUCUUAA